AUGGAGACCCCAUCUUCAACAAAAAUAGUCACAAGAUCACAAACUCUUGCUGCUCUUAACAACACCAACAAUAAUAUUCCUCUCUCAAGGAAGAUUGAAGAUUCUUCUGAUAAGGCGGUAACAAAAUCAAGAAGAAUGAAUGCAAAACAACAACAACUACAAGAUAGGUCUGCACUCAUUGAUAUAACAAAUGAUUCACCAAUUGUUGGCCUCGCAAAGGGAAGUUUAGAGACUCCAUCAUCAGCAUUAGGCAAGCAAAAGAGCAGUAUAGCCAAGAACAACAUCCCCAACACACCUGGGUCUGGAGAGGCAUUGCUUAGGGGUCAAGUAAAAACCCUCUUGCAGAGAGUUGAAGAAGAGGCAGAGCUCUCAAAACUUCCAUUGGAGAGCCGUCCUUUUCUGAAUCUUCAAGGAUUUGUUAAUUCUCCAAUGGGACUUCUUGCCCCAACUCCAGCAAAUACACCUCAAGUCCCUAGUCUUUUUGGAGAUGACAUUGUCUUGACCUCUGUUACUCCUUUGCCAGUUAUUGAAGAGCCACUGAAGAUUUGUGAGGAGGUGAGUGAGAUUUUUGAUGUGAUGAGACAAGACAGUCUUGAAUCUCAAAAGAGUCUGACAAGGUCAUUAAUGCUGGAUUUCUCUGAGAAAUCUGAAGCCUCCGAUUCAUCAGAAUGCUCUUCUGCACUGACUUACCAAGGAGAUAACCGUGGAGCGAUGACAAGUGAAAGCAAAGACAAAUCAUCCAUUACAGAAGAUGACAAUGCCUCUAUUUGGUCCAUUCAGGUCAAUGCAAGUACUCAUGAUGAGGAUGAGGAAGAAGUCAUAAUUGAAGCAGAAGAUGACCAGUAUUUUUAUUACCAUGAUGAAAAUGAAGAGGCAGAAGAAGAAGAGGAGGAGGAGGCCGAUGAUGGAGGGUUGCUUGAUGAACUUUGUGAAGGUAUUAGCAAGAUAUGCGUGAAAGAGAAAGCAAUGGCUAAGUUUGAAGGAAAGCACAAAAAAUUUGUAUACAACAGUGAUGAUGAGAUUGUUGAAGAAGAAGAAGUAGACUGUCGAGAUGAGGAUUCAAAUGGUGUUUUACGCUUGAAAGGUUUGCCAACUCCAAAAGGGAAGCAUCUACGCUUUCAUACAGAAGAGGAAUGA